GGGACAGGGGAGCCCCAGAGGAGGAGGAGGAGAGGAGGAGGAGAAGGAGAGGGAAGAAGCAUGAAUGGAUGAUAAAUAAAGGGCAAAGAAUCGAGGGAAUAGUGAGUGGGUGGAAUCUCUCAAGGGCAGAGCAAAGCCCAGGAAGUGAGUGGGGGGGGGGCGAAGGAGGGAGGAAAGUCACCCCCAAGCAGCCCCCCGCACUUCAGCUCAUGGGGAGGUGGCCUGUGUGGGGCUGAUGAUCCCUCUGCAGUUUCUCCCAAGCCAAGACAAGCUUCUUUGCAAAAGGAGGAGGCUUUGAGGAGACAGAAGCCAGUUUUCCAGCUGCUUGCCCUCAAUAGCUUUGCAGGGCCCUAAUGUGAAAGCAGGAGGAGGAGGAAAGGGGGAGAAGCAGAUCUGGCUGGAAAAUUUGGGGAGGAAAGAGGGGUGGGGGAGAGAAGGCUGUUGUGGGCAGCGGGGGAUGCACAGCCAGCCUUUUCCCCAGCCAGCCUUUUCGGGGGAGGAGGCACUGCAUUGGUCUGUGACUUGCAAAGGAAGGAAUCUCCUCCCAUUCUGCAGGGGCCAGUCAGUGGCUUCAUCCAUUAGAGAAGUUCCUGCUGCAGGGACCAGUCUGUUGGUGAAACAACUUUGGCCUUCUUGAAGGCUGCCUUCCGAGCACGGAAUUGGGGAUGGAAAUGCAAGACUCAGGUGGCCCAGAGACCAUCAAGGCUGGGAGCAGUGAGGAAUUCUGGGAAAGGGCCCUGCAGGAAAUCUUGCAUGAGGACACGCUGCCUUCAUAUGUACAGCACCAGCGCUUCAGGCGGUUCCGCUACCAGGAGGUUGAGGGACCCCGACAGGUUUGCAGCCAACUCCACCACCUUUGCCGUCAGUGGCUCAGACCAGAGCAACACACAAAACACCAGAUCAUGGACCUUGUGAUCCUAGAGCAGUUUCUGACUAUCCUGCCCACGGAGGUGGAGAGCUGGGUGAGGGAAUGUGGAGCAGAGACCAGUUCGCAGGCAGUGGCCCUGGCAGAAGGUUUCCUCCUGAGCCAGGCAGAGGCCAAGAAGCAGGAAGAGCAACAGGUGCGGAGGCCAUUAGCAGAAGCAAACUUCAAUGUUUCUGAGGCAGAGAAGACUCUAUCAGAGGCCAGACAGAAGCUGCUGCACGUAGGGAGCUCUCAGGAGGAUCAUGCAGAUCCCACCUCACUGGUUCAUGGAAGACCACUGGAGGUGUUGACAAGAUCAUGGCUCCCCUGUGUGGAUGGAGAAGCAGCUUCUACGCAACCAGAUAAGGCUGCCAUGUCCUUUGCGGAGGUGGCUGUAUAUUUCACGGAGGAGGAGUGGGCCCUUCUGGAUGCAGACCAAAGAGCCCUGCACAGAGCAGUCAUGGAGGAGAACAGGCAGAAUGUGGCCUCUCUGGAUUACUAUACUUCUGAUGAAGAUUUUCAUGAAACAGACCACUACCUAGGAAGUCUCUCAAGAUUCCAGCUUUAUUUUCAAGAUUUCUGUGCCUAGCCUUUUAGGCGAAGGUUUUUGUGCAGAGUGCAGCACUUCGCAUGUUUGAUGACUGUCUUCUGGCACAGCAGCACCAUCCAGAGCAUCGUUCAUGACCAGCUUUUGAGUGACUGUUGUUUAAUUUACAUUCUUCACUGUGUGGGGCUUGU